AUGAACACGGCACCAGCCGUAGCGUCGCUACCGCGACUUGACCCAAAUACACUGCACACAUUUAUCAAGCCGAUGAAAAAGAUUCACGACCAUCAAGAUGUGGAGACAUUUUUAUCUUCUGUCGCCUACAGAGAUAUCAUGAUAUUUAUUUUACAGCUAAACCGCUGCAUGUUCCCUUCUAAAAUACCAGGCAAAGAAAGUGGCUCUUCGAAUGUGGAAGUAUGGACACUGGAUUCCGACUCCAUUGACUUUUCGGAGCCCGUCCGUCGUUUACAGCUGCUAUUAUCAAAACUAGAGUCCCUCAUUGACGAGGUAGCCCCUGAUACUGGACCUCGUCGGUUUGGGAAUAUCAGUUUUCGAAAAUGGUGUGAGGAGAUGGAGUCUCGUACCGCCACCAUCAUGGAUGAAUGUUUACCUCCAGAGAUUCUUCAGCAGAAGUCUGAGGAUGGGGAAACAGUAACGGCCAAGGAGGAGCUUAUGGCCUAUUUAACCGGCAGCUUUGGAAGUUCACAAAGACUUGAUUAUGGAACAGGUCAUGAACUUAGCUUUUUAGCUUUUCUGGCAUGCCUUUGGAAACUGAAUGGAUUUGCUCGAGCAGACCCUGGUGUGGAAGAAAGAGGUAUAGUUAUAGGAGUUAUUGAACCGUAUGCCACCCCGACAACCGCAUCGCAGUUUUGCUUGAAGGCUAAUAUCCAGCCUGCAGGCUCUCAUGGCGUCUGGGGCCUAGAUGAUCAUUCAUUCAUCUCAUACAUUUUAGGCUCUGCUCAAUUAUCUCCAGCAAUAACACCUGCUGACCCAACACCCACCGAAGGCUCCUUGCCAAAUGCUCCCUCCACAGGCGAUAUCGCCAAACGAAACAUAGUUGAAAAAGAGCGCAAAUCAAAUAUGUAUUUUUCAGCGAUCGGCUUCAUCCAUGAUGUCAAGAAAGGCCCAUUUUGGGAACAUAGCCCUAUGCUAUAUGACAUUUCCGGAAUCAAAGACGGCUGGGGAAAGAUAAAUAAGGGUAUGAUCAAGAUGUAUAAUGCAGAAGUCCUGUCUAAAUUCCCGGUUGUGCAGCAUUUUCCCUUUGGAUCGUUAUUUGUUUGGGAGCGAGACCCAAAUGCUACCCCAUCAGUACCGUCUGCUCAUACAUCAAGUGGGCCACAGACUCCGGCACAUAUGCCAGCACCUCCUCCCCCUCAGCCAGAUAUGGGAACCCGAGCCCCCUGGGCUUCAAUGCCUACGGGUAUUAGAAUGAGGGAUUCACGGGGUGAAAAUAACCCAGCUCACGCUACCCCUACAGCACCACUAUUUAACCAGAUGCCAGCUAUAAGAGCCCCGUGGGCCACCCAAGGUAGCCAACAGCGAAAUCUGCCGCCUCGAGAGCCUUUUAUAUCUCCCCCCAACACAUCUGAUAGGUAA